GUGGCCUAAUAGACAUUUCCGCUCCAGCCGCUUUUCUGAUGCACCGGCUGAGAGAAUUUACACUUUUUAAUUAACCAUUUAGACAUAAUUUAUUCCUUUAUUAUAAUCUGCUUCGCACCUCCUUUGUUUUUUAUCAUCAUUCAGUGAAAAAAAAACUGUACUAAUUUGACGCAAGUAGAAAAACCAGCUCUCUCAAAAUCCAUCUAUUGUUUCAUCUAUAAUUUAUUCUUAGCCGAUCUUUUAAACGUCUGAGCCGGUUGAAGAAGCAUCUAAAAGAUUACGAAUGGCUUCUAUGACCGCACAAAUUCAGACACAACAGGGUUCCAAUAAAACCAACCAGGGUCAAAACAGAGCGAAGGGGGCAUCUUCAGUCGCGAAGGGGAGCAUCAUCAUCAGCAGCAGCAGCAGAUCAGGGGGGAAUACAUCAGGUCCGACGAUGUCUGGCAACAACGGAGUGAGCAAAUCUGGCAGAAACAGACCCCUUGUUUCUCUGUCACUAACUGCCGCCCACCCCUUAUCCCCCCACAAGAGGGGGGUGAGUGUGGGCUUGGUGCUGAUGCUCUCUUGUGCAAUCAGCGUUUUCUUCCUCCGUCCAACAGGUGCCCAGCCUCUUUACGAGUCAGAUAUGUAUUCCAACCUCGAUUCCCCCUCCCCCACCCACAUGAAGCGAUUGAGGGGUGCCAGCGGCGGUGCGAUGAUGACCGGAAGUAGUACAUUUCCCUUCCAAAGGGAGUACCCCUCAACCCCGACCUAUUCCUUCAACGACCCCACCAAUAGCUUCACUCGAUUGGCAGCACAAGCGGGGGCUUUUAUUGAGGACCCCCUAAUGGUGGGUGGGGGUUCUGGAGGCAGUGGUUACUCUGAGAAGACUUUCGGACGACCAGUUGGCCAUAAGCGAUCUGGAUUUCUGAACGGGAAGAGAUCUGCGUCAGAAUUGAGAGCAGUUGAGAUCUAUCCAUCCCAAUACGCUCAUCAGUCAAUGAAAUCCUGGCAGGAAAAACGAUCGUUUCUCAAUGGCUGAACAGAACACGAAAGGCGUGCGAACAAAUCAAACCAAUCACAUCAAAUGACUGUACUACUGAAUUAAGUGCUACACUCCAAACACCAACAUAAUUAAUUGCUGAAAUCUGUGAAAUUCACACCUCGUUCACACCUCUCUUUUAAAAAUCUAACUUCACAUUUAAAAAUAGGCUUAUUCUUUUGUGCAAUGAAAUGGAUUUGUUGAAACACCUUUGCUAUCUGUCUAAUUGAUGACAAAAUUGAUAUGAGUUGACGUGUUUUCACUUUACCCUCGCAUCUAUUUGACUAAUUCUUUUCCCUUUUUACUUGGAAUUGAUCAAUUGGAUUGAA